CUAUAAGCCUAUCCCAUCGAGACUUCUGGACACCGAAAACUACAAUUCCCGCCGGCAAAGCGGCUCCGGCCUCUCAGCCGACUUCUCUCCCCAUGGCCUCUGUUCAUCCCCCUGCCCCAGUUCUGGUACCUGGGGUCAAAUCGGCUGUAGUGAUUGACUCUCAGGGCACCCGAUGCUGGGUCCCAGUCGACCUUUGCUACUUUGUCCUGCUCCCAGCCUGCGGGCGCUAAGCUCAGGGGCGCGGCGCAUCCCUGACUCCGCCCUCACCGCGGGGGCUUCUGGGGCCUGGUCGCCAUGGCGACGGGCUGUACACUACCAGUUUCCCAGGCCGCAGGUGCUGGUUGCCCGCCGCCCGUGGGUCAUGGCCUGCCAGCAGUCGCGGUACCACAGCUUCUCGUCCGCGUCGAGAUUACAGCCACAACCUUCAGGAGUGACCAUAGAUGAAUCCUUUAUCACAGAAAACAAGAGUACCCAGAAAUGCAAGCUUCUUCAGAAACGAAGGACGCUGACUGGUCAGUUCUCCAUGGGUGGGCACCUGUCCCCAUGGCCCACAUACACCAGUGGCCAGACCAUUUUGCAAAAUCGAAAACCCUGUUCAGAUGACUACCGGAAGCGAGUAGGGAGCUGCCAGCAGCAUCCCUUUCGCACUGCCAAGCCCCGGUACUUGGAGGAGCUGGAAAACUACCUACGCAAGGAGCUCCUCCUGCUGGACCUGGGCACAGAUUCCACCCAGGAACUAAGGCUGCAGCCUUACAGAGAGAUCUUUGAGUUCUUCAUAGAGGACUUCAAAACGUACAAGCCAUUACUAUCCUCCAUCAAGAAUGCAUAUGAGGGGAUGCUGGCCCACCAAAGGGAGAAGAUCCGGGCUCUGGAGCCCCUGAAGGCCAAGCUUGUCACUGUGAAUGAGGACUGCAAUGAGAGGAUCCUGGCCAUGAGAGCUGAGGAGAAACAUGAAAUCUCCCUGCUCAAGAAAGAGAAGAUGAAUUUACUAAAACUCAUCGACAAAAAGAAUGAGGAGAAGAUUUCACUGCAGAGCGAGGUGGCCAAACUGAGGAAGAACUUGGCUGAGGAGUACCUGCACUACCUCAGUGAGCGAGACGCCCGUAAGAUACUCAUCGCAGACCUGAACGAGCUGCGGUACCAGCGGGAGGACAUGUCAUUAGCCCAGUCCCCAGGCAUCUGGGGGGAGGACCCUGUGAAGUUAACCCUGGCUCUUAAGAUGACCCGGCAAGACCUGACCCGCACGCAGAUGGAACUCAACACCAUGAAGGCCAACUUUGGAGAUGUAGUCCCUAGGAGGGACUUUGAAAUGCAGGAGAAGACCAACAAGGAUCUUCAGGAGCAGCUGGACACCCUGAGAGCCAGCUACGAGGAGGUUCGCAAGGAGCAUGAGAUCCUGAUGCAGCUGCACAUGAGCACGCUGAAGGAGCGGGACCAGUUCUUCUCUGAGCUGCAGGAGAUUCAGCGCACUUCCACGCCAAGGCCUGACUGGACCAAAUGCGAAGAUGUGGUGGCUGGGGGCCCAGAGCGCUGGCAGAUGCUGGCUGAGGGCAAGAACAGCGACCAGCUGGUGGACGUGCUCCUGGAAGAGAUUGGCUCAGGGCUGCUGCGGGAGAAAGAAUUCUUCCCUGGUCUGGGUUAUGGGGAAGCCAUCCCUGCUUUUCUUCGGUUUGAUGGCCUCGUGGAGAACAAGAAGCCAAGCAAGAAGGAUGUGGUCGACCUCCUCAAGGAUGCCUGGAAGGAACGUCUUGCUGAGGAGCAGAAAGAGACAUUCCCAGACUUCUUCUUCAAUUUCCUGGAGCGUCGCUUUGGACCCAGUGAUGCCAUGGCCUGGGCUUACACUAUUUUUGAAAAUAUCAAGAUCUUCCACUCCAACGAGCUUAUGAGUCAGUUCUAUGCAGUCUUGAUGGGAAAGCGGAGUGAGAAUGUGUAUGUCACCCAGAAGGAGACAGUAGCCCAGCUGCUGAAGGAGAUGACAAAUGCUGACAGUCAGAACGAGGGGCUACUAACCAUGGAGCAGUUCAACACUGUCCUCAAGAGUACCUUCCCUCUCAAGACAGAAGAGCAAAUCCAGGAGCUGAUGGAGGCAGGGGGCUGGCAUCCCAGCAGCAGCAAUGCAGACUUGCUCAACUACCGCUCACUGUUUAUGGAGGAUGAGGAGGGCCAGAGUGAGCCCUUUGUGCAAAAGCUCUGGGAACAAUACAUGGAUGAGAAGGAUGAGUACUUACUGCAGCUAAAGCAGGAGCUGGGCAUAGAACUCCAUGAGGAGGUGACUCUGCCCAAGCUGCGAGGGGCCCUGAUGACCAUCGACCCCCGCCUGGACAAGCAGACUGUGAACACCUACAUGAGCCAGGCCUUCCAGCUCCCUGAGUCGGAACUGCCAGAGGACAGUGACGAGAAGGAAGAAGGCGUGGUGGAAAUCCUCCAGACUGCCCUGGAGCGGCUUCAGGUGAUUGACAUCAGGCGUGCGGGACCUCGAGAGCCAGAGCCUGCAAACUAGGAGCCUGUGUGCAGCCUGCAUGCUCGUCCUGCUAACCCCUAGCUUUUAGUAUAAAAGCGUUUGUCUAAACCCA